AAAUUAAGAAAAGAGAGAGUUUACUUAGCCCUCAACAAAGCUGAACUGUUCAAAGAUAGUGUCAAGUUUUUUGGUCAUGUGAUAUCAAGAGAUGGUUUCAAACCAGUUUUAGAUAAGGUGGAAGCAAUUAACAACCUACCAAUUCCCACUACUGUCACAGAAAUAAGAUCUUUUCUUGGAAGUUGUAACUACUUGAGGAGGCUCAUUCCAAACUAUUCCGAACUCACAGCCAGAUUAGCAGCUCUCACAGGUAUUAGAACAACGAGAAUCACAAUCACAGACGAGAUAAAAGAAGACAUCAAACGGUUAAAGCAAGCAAUCACUUCAGCCCCGGUUAUAGCUAAACCCGACUUCACCAAAUCAUUUGAUGUUUACAUCGAUGCAAGUGACAUAGGUACAGGUUGCGUUAUCAUGCAAGAUGAUGGUAAUGGUAACAUUAGGCCGAUUCUUUACGAUAGUUGUCGAUUCAACAAGUUCCUAAGAAAUUACUCGACAACCGAUAGAGAAUUUCUAGCACUCAUCAAUGUAUUGGAUAGACACGGUUACAUGUUGAAAGAUAAGAAGUUCAGGUUGUUUACAGAUCACUUAAACUUGACAUAUUACGAGGAAUUGAAAGAACCAACCAAGAGAAUCAUUAGGUAUUUAGACAAAGCGAGUGAAUAUAAAUUCGAGGUAAUUCACGUCAGAGGAGAGGAUAACAACAUAGCAGAUAUGUUGAGUAGAGAUGGAACAUUCGAUAGCACAUGGGAACCAGAAUUCAUUGAUAAAAUCAACAAGGAAUACGUUGAAUUUGAAACGAAAGAAUCUGAGUGGUUUGAUACUUUCAAGUCAAGACAGGAUGUCGUCAACGUAGAUGGGUUAUGGUAUCUCAUAGACGCCAAAACAGGAUCCAAGAGAUUACUACUGGUAGAUAAAGAAACAAUUAAUCUAAUAUUAGAAGAAGCUCAUUCAACAAUUUACUCUGGUCACUCAAGUAAGAAUAAGAUGGUUGAUAAACUCAGAUAUAAUUACUACUUUCCAAAGUUUAUCAAUCAAAUAAAACGAUUCGCCGAAUCGUGUACUGAGUGCCAGAAGAACAGAAUCGAAAGAGCCAAGAGUGGUUUUCUUAAUCCACUCCCGAUACCAUCUAGACCAUGGAUUGACAUAUCAAUGGAUUUCCUUAAUCUUCCAAAAUAA